ACAUCGAACACCCUCUAGCUGCUCUCAACACUACCAACUCUAUCACUCACGCCGCCACUCCUUUCCCCUAACCCGAGAUCACCACGACCUUCUAAAGAGGACGCUCAUUUCGAGGAUUUCUCACUGCACCCGGUGUAAUCGGCAUCCUGGCUCUGCAAUCGACGGCGUACGGAGGAGGAUCUGUGGUUGUGGCCGCCCCAAUGGCCCAACCAGAUGCAGAGCCAGUAGAUGAGUAUGACUAUGAGGGACUGCCACCAAACUUCUCGCUGCUCCAGAACAUGGCCGCAGGCGCGUUUGCAGGCAUAGCUGAACACACUGUUAUGUACCCGAUUGAUGCUAUCAAGACUCGAAUGCAGAUCCUCAACCCGACUCCCUCCGCAGUCUACAACGGUAUGAUUCAAGGAGGAUACCGAAUAGCCACGGGGGAGGGAUUUCUCAGUUUAUGGAGAGGAAUGUCCAGUGUGGUGGUUGGAGCUGGUCCUGCUCAUGCAGUCUACUUUGCGACCUACGAAGCUGUGAAGCAUGUCAUGGGUGGUAACCAAGCUGGUGUUCAUCAUCCUCUUGCUGCAGCGACAAGCGGAGCUUGCGCAACCAUUGCCAGUGAUGCUCUGAUGAACCCAUUUGAUGUUAUCAAGCAACGCAUGCAAAUCCACAAUUCGAGCAAGAUGUACAAAUCUAUGUUCGAUUGCGCCAGAUAUGUCUACCGAAGCGAGGGUGUCUCGGCGUUCUACGUCUCCUACCCCACCACACUUUCCAUGACCGUCCCGUUCACUGCAUUACAAUUCCUUGCCUACGAAUCUAUCUCGACUGCGAUGAACCCCUCGAAAGUCUACGAUCCAUUGACACAUUGUUCUGCAGGUGCUGUGGCUGGUGGUUUUGCGGCUGCGCUGACAACUCCGAUGGAUGUGGUGAAGACAAUGUUGCAGACGAGAGGAACUGCCAACGAUCCGGAGCUAAGAAACGUCAAUGGAUUUAUGGAAGGCGCCCGAUUACUGCACCGGAGAGAGGGAUUUGGGGGUUUCUUCAAAGGUGUCAGGCCGCGCGUUGUGACUACAAUGCCCAGUACGGCCAUUUGCUGGUCGGCUUAUGAGGCCUGCAAGUGAGUUUCCCCGAUAUCUCCGCCAGAUGGACGCAAUGCUAACAAGCGCAGGGCAUACUUCAUCAAGCAAAAUGACAUAGUCGUUUGAACAACCAAGCAAUGACAAGGAAACGAGGGUCCACAAUCGCCAUCUCACCUCAGCGCCUACGCCAAAGCUUCCCACAUAAUACAUACCCUAUGGUUGCAAGCCCACCUUACCAUCCAAGUCGCCUCAUGCUGUUGCCGACGACCUCCAGGCCGGGUUUUUCAGGAUAGAAUGGCAUCGUUUGCAUACACGAUUAUAAGUAUCGAAUCCCACCCGCGCAUCACCCCACGAUUAAAAGAAGGCACUUUGCGAAAGAAAGACACCACCAAAGCACUUCCCCGGCCUACCUGUACAUAUUUCCGUCUCUCUAUUAGAUCUCAUUCCCUGUCCGCCUAUCUUGGCAGGGAGCUUUGUUGUUAACUAUCUCUCUAUUUGCGCUUUUCCUCUGGUUCGCGAGCGAUGCACUGCACUGCUUGGGCAGUGCAGGGUUUCAUGGAGUUGUCUGCUUUUUCUGCUUUUGCGGGCUAGCAUUUGGGGGGUUAGCGUGGGCUAUGAAGAGAAGUGGUUAGACGAAAAAUGCGAUGCUGAGGAGAAGAGGGAGAAGAAAGUGGUGAGAGAUGGACGGAUUAACAGAUUUGUACUUAUAUGAUGAGAAGGCAGUGAUGAUCAUAUUGUACGUAUGAUUUCUGCUGACCUUGAAUGAAAGACUUGAUACAUCGAGGGGC